AAAUGAGAUCUGCUGUUGGUUUUAGUUCUCUUACGGUUCUAACAGAACUCAUUGGUUUUACAGCUGGAACUAUAUCAAUAUGUUUAGAACACCAUAUUGAUAGAAUUCCUAUGAGUUCAUUUAUUGCUAUGAUUAUAUUCAAUAUUAUUUUAUUGGUAUUGACAUUAUGUAUUUUUCCAGAUACUAAUAAAAAUGGAAAUAGAACACAAUCAGAUUAUGAAUUAAGUCAAGAUUCGAAAGGUAUUUAG